AUGCUCGCUUUUCCAAGCAGAUCGGGCAUUCCUGAUCCUCAUGAGGCUUUUGUCCAGGAUGAAGAUUCAGGAACUGAUGUGGGAGAAGGGGCAGAUGACUGGGCCCAGUCCAAAGCCACGAUCAGACCCCCUGACCAGCUGGAUUUGACUGAUGCGGAGCUAAAGGAGGAGAUUACCCGAAUCCUGACAGCCAACAACCCACAUGCACCCCACAACAUCGUCAGGUUCAGCUUUAAAGAAGGCACUUAUAAGCUUAUUGGUUUUGUGAACCAACUAGCAGUUCAUUACAGCCACAUCGGGAACCUGAUCCCCAAAGACUCAGAUGAAGGACGGCGGCAGCACUACCAGGAUGAGUUAGUAACAGGUUCUCAGGAGUCUGCCAGGUUGGUGUUUUCAGACACAGAAAACCUUGAGGAAGAAGAAGAGAUCAAGGAAGGAGACGCUGAAGUUGAGAGUCAAAUAGAUAUACCUGCAGCCGAGGCAUCUGAAAAAGUGAUUGAAGAAGAAUUGAUGACUCCUAAGCAGCCCAAGGAGAGUAAGCUCACCAACCAGUUCAACUUCAGUGAGAGAGCCUCACAGACCGUCAACAACCCUCUCCGGGACCGAGAAUGCCAGAUGGAACCUCCUCCCAGGGCAAACUUUUCAGCCACAGCCAAUCAGUGGGAGAUCUAUGAUGCCUACAUGGAGGAACUUGAGAAGCAGGAAAAGACCAAAGAGAAGGAGAAGACAAAGACACCAGUGGCUAAAAAAAUGGGGGCGAUGGCCAUGAGGAAGAUGACAUCUCUGGAGUCCCAGAGUGAUGAUAUCACCAAAGUGAUGCAAGCUGCUAAAAUCGUAGAGCGGAUGGUCAACCAGAACACAUAUGAUGAUGUUGCCCAGGAUUUUAAGUACUAUGAGGAUGCUGCUGAUGAAUACCGGGACCAGGAGGGUACGCUGCUGCCUCUCUGGAAGUUCCAAACUGACAAAGCCAAGCGCCUGGCCGUCACCGCCCUCUCCUGGAAUCCAAAGUACAAGGAUCUGUUUGCAGUGGGACACGGCUCCUAUGACUUCAUGAAGCAGAGCCGGGGCAUGCUGCUGCUCUACAGCAUGAAGAACCCCAGCUUCCCGGAGUACGCCUUCAGCAGUGACAGCGGCAUCAUGUGUCUCGACAUGCACAUGGACCACCCCUACCUGGUGGUGGUGGGCCACUAUGACGGCAACGUGGCCAUUUACAACCUCAAGAAGCCCCACUCCCAGCCCAUCUUCCGCAGCUCGGCCAAGUCUGGCAAGCACACGGACCCCGUGUGGCAGGUCAAGUGGCAGAAGGACGACAUGGACAACAACCUUAACUUCUUCUCUGUGUCAUCUGAUGGCAGGAUCGUGUCUUGGACGCUCGUGAAGAGUGAGCUGGUUCACACAGAUGUCAUCAAGCUGAAGGUGGAGGGCAGCACCCUGGAAGGUCCAGAGGGGCUACAGCUAUACACAGUGGGCUGUGGCACCGCUUUUGACUUCCACAGAGAGAUCGACUACAUGUUCCUAGUGGGCACAGAGGAGGGAAAAAUCUACAAGUGCUCUAAAUCCUACUCCAGCCAGUUCCUGGAUACCUAUGAUGCCCACAACAUGGCAGUGGAUGCUGUGUCCUGGAACCCAUACCACAGCAAGGUCUUCAUAUCCUGCAGCUCCGACUGGACAGUGAAGAUCUGGGACCACACCGUCAAGACCCCAAUGUUCAUCUAUGACCUAAAUUCAGCCGUGGGUGAUGUGGCCUGGGCACCAUACUCUUCUACUGUGUUUGCAGCAGUCAGCACCAAUGGGAAGACCCACGUGUUUGACUUAUCCAUCAACAAGUACGAGGCCAUCUGCAAUCAGCCCGUGGUGGCCAAAAAGAAGAACAAGAUCACCCACGUUCAGUUCAAUCCUGUCCACCCCAUCAUCAUUGUGGGCGAUGACCGUGGGCACGUCACCUGCCUCAAACUCUCACCCAACCUGCGCAAGAUGCCAAAGGAAAAGAAAGGGCAGGAAGUGCAGAAGGGUCCAGCUGUGGAGAUCGCAAAAUUGGACAAAUUGCUGAACCUGGUGAGGGAAGUGAAACCCAAAACCUGAGGUCCUUGUCCUAUUUCUUGAACCCAGUGCUUGUAGCCCCUGACCCUGGUAUCAAGUCCAGCCUUGGCUCCUAAUAUGUGACCCCACCCCGGAUCAGGUCCCCACUUCAGCCCUGGUUCCAGCACCUCAUCCCAUGACUUGGCCCUCAAUCACCAAUAUCGACUCCUACUUUGCACAAAUAAACCUGUCUGGAA